CUGAGUCAGAAGAACUGCUUAGUGAAGAAUCUGACCUUAGAAAGAGAAGCAGGAAAGCUUGAGGCAACAAAAUGUGCACUUAUUCCGAAGACCUUCAGAAUGCCUUCAGAGUACCAUUUGCUAGUAGAAGAAUUUCACAAGAAUCCUGGCAUCACUUGGAUUAUGAAACCAGUUGGCAGGUCACAAGGUGAAGGAAUUUUCUUGUUCUGAAAACUGAAGGAUAUCUUUGAAGAAGAUACAUCUAACACUAGGCAGCAUUUCAGCCACUGGGUUAUACUAUGCAUUUCUCUGCCCUUCAUAGGUUGCAAGUUUGACUUGAGAGUUUAUGUUCUAGUGACAUCUUACAUCCCACUGAAGGCCUGGUUAUACAGAGGUGGAUUUGCUCACUUUUCUAAUACACGAUUUACUCUGAAUAGCAGAGAUGAUCGCUAUGUUCAUCUCACAAAUGUGGCAGUGCAAAAGAGUGCACCUGAUUUUUGGAUGUCUUCGGGCUGCAAGUGGGUGACUGAGCAGCUCGGACAGUGCUCGACCGCCAAGCGUGGGGCAGAGUGAACGGACGUUCUCUUUGCGGAUAUGGACAACGCUUUCAUACACAGCCUCCAGGGUGUUCAGAAGGUGAUUAGCGGUGACAAACACUGCUUUGAGCUCUGCGGCUAUGACAUCCUGAUCCAUCAGGAUCUGAAACCAUAAGGCUGGCUUCUGGAGGUAAAUGCUUCACCUUCCCUCGCUGCCAGUAGCCAGGAGGACUGCGAACUCGAGUGUCACCUUCUCAAAGACAGACUUCAUAUUGUGGACAGGGAGGGCAGGCUGACGGGGAAGGAGAAGCAUGUUGGAGGCUUUGCCCUGAUCAGGAACAACAGGCCCGUCGGCAGCAGGGGAGACCCGGGCACUCUGGUGAAUGAGAAUGCUGCUGUGGUGACAGGAAGAUACAACUGA